AUGAGUGCCGAAAACCUGUCACCAAUUGGCUACGAGGCGGCCGUGGAAAACUUCGACGCCCUUUUGGAAGCCAUGGGCGGAACUUCGGCUGAGCGAAUGGACUUUGAGUUCACCGAUGCAGAGAGGUUGGAGGGGAUGGUUAACGACUGCACGACGGGGCUGUUCCUCGUUCUGAUGGGGGGUGGUGACAUUGACCUGACAAAGCAUGCCAACAAGCUGGUGAUCUCCGAGCCCCGCACUGACGAGGAAGACUAUGAGUACAUUCACAGCUUUGUCAUCAUCAAGAACGAAGAAGAAGGAGUUCAGUGCUUUCAAAACAACCCUGUGGGGAUGGACAGUGACAAGGAGCUGUUCGCAGUUGAUGAGGAGUUCUGGGCUGGCCUCAGGGGCAUGACAGCCCACAGCCGCGCUGGUGUCGUUCCCAAGACUUUCCAGCGCCUCUUCUGUGGCAGCACCGAGCCAACAGCCCUUCCACCUCAUGAUCGAAUGAUCGUGAAGCCUUUGGCUUUCUGA